AUGCGCAGGUGUCCGGCCGCGUCGUCCAGCUCGAGUCCGCGCGACGGUGUUCCGUCGCCGUGCCCGUGCGACUCGUCCUCGCCGCGGCUGCUGUCCAAGUUCCGCCAGCGCCGCCACAAGGCCAACGCACGCGAGCGCCAGCGCAUGCACGGCCUGAACGCGGCGCUGGACAUGCUGAGGCGCCGCGUGCCCAUCAACCACCAGGAGUCGGGCAGCGUGGUGCCCCGCCUCUCCAAGAUCGAGACCCUGCGGCUGGCCAAGAACUACAUCGGCGCUCUGGCCGAGACGCUGCGACAGGGCAGUCCCAUGGAGGCCACUGUGUUUGCCCGCCACCUGGCCAAGGGACUCUCGCAGGCCACGGUCAACUUGAUUGCCGGCCAGCUGCGGCUAAGUCCGCGCGCCAUCUCGGUUCCGGACAGCUGCGCCACGCCGUCUCUGGCGCCACACUGGGUCGGUGCAACGACGCCCCCGCAGCCGUCGUCGCCCGCGGACGCCUACGAGAUGCCACCCCGGACGCCGGACGCUGCGCCGGUUCAACGGCCACGGCCCUUGGCGCCGUCGACGACGUAUCCGGGGGCGGCUCCCUAA